CCUUUAAAAGCUUGCGCAUGCUCUGCUCAGUCCUCUCUACUGUAUGCUAUACUACCUAAAACCCUAAGGACGACGCCAUUUUCAUCACUCACCACACUUCAUCAUCAUUAACUUAUCCGACGCAAGGCGGCAACGAGCCACCACAAUUCGCCGCCGGCGUCUCAGCUCCAUCAUCAUCAUCAUUAUUGACAAUAAAAGAUUCAGUAGCUCUGUUUUUUUUUUUUUUUUUUAAAUCAAGAUUGAAUCUCAAAUUUCUAGGACUCAGUUCCGAUGGAAGCUGCCAAUCCAAUGGACUCACUGGUGUCUAUUGCCGCGUCGAUCUCUACGCCAUCCACUAAACGGCGAAUCCAAAUCUUCAGCAAUGAAAUUCCAUUCCUUCUUACUAACAUUCCUAGUUAUUCAGAUUUGACCACUGAUUUUACAUCCCUCUUGGUAGAAACAAUAUUUAGAACAUUGUCCGUUUAUGAUGAUCGGGGGUCGAGAAAAGCUGUGGAUAAUCUGAUUGUAAAAGUUUUAAAUGAAGUUGCAUUUAUGAAAAUUUUUGCGGCAACACUAGUGCAGACAAUGGAAAAGCAGUCAAAAUUCCAGUCACAUGUGGUCUGCUAUAGACUUAUCAAGUGGUCUUGCCUUCUCUUAACAGAAAGUCAGUUUACCUCAGUAUCAAAGAAUGCACUACACAGAGUAGCUCAAGCGCAGGCAUCAGUAUUUCAUAUUGCUAUGCAGGGAUCAUUUCGUGUAAAAAGGGCAUCCAAGCAAUUACUUUUGCAUUUAUUCUCUAAGUCACCAGACAUUUAUUCAACCUACAUGGAGGAACUAAAAAAUUCAAGGAUCUCUUAUAAAGAAUGUCCUGAAUUUCUAUUGGUGAUUUUGGAGCAUUCAAGUGCAAAUUUGGUUCUAUUUGAUCACUGGAGGGAAACUUUUCUUGAUAUGUAUGUUAAGGCUGUUCUAAAUGCAAAGGAGAAGCCAGUGAAGGGCCUUAUUGAAGCAUUUCUUCCUUUGUUCCCAAAGUUGUCCCAUGAAGAUUUUAAGAAUGUUGUCAUCCCCACAUCAGUUAAAAUGCUGAAGCGGAAUCCUGAGCUUGUUUUGGAGUCGGUUGGGGUUCUUUUGCAAUCGACCAACCUUGAUUUAAGCAAGUAUGCAACUGAAAUCCUUCAAGUGGUUUUGAUUCAAGCUAGACAUGCAGAUGAAGCAAGAAGGCUUGCUGCCUUAGCCAUAAUAACAUGCUUGAGCCAGAAAUCCAGUAGUCCAGAUGCUGUAGAGGCAAUGUUUACUAUUGUGCGAUCUGUAAUUGGAGGUUCUGAAGGGAGAUUAACAUUUCCAUAUCAGAGAGUUGGCAUGAUUAAUGCAUUACAAGAAUUGUCAAAUGCUCCUGAAGGAAAAUAUCUCAGCAGCUUGACACCAACUAUAUGUAGUUUCCUUUUGUCUUGUUACAAGGAUGAUGGGAAUGAAGAGGUUAAGCUGGCUUGUUUAUCUUCUUUAGCUUAUUGGGCUGCAAGAUCUGCAGUUGCUAUUCAGCAAGAUGUAGUUUCAUUUAUUGCUUCUGGGCUCAAGGAGAAAGAAGCACUAAGGAGGGGUUUUCUUCGUUGUUUGCGAGUUAUAUGGAAAAACAAUGAUGCAGUUAUUCAGAUGUCAUCCUUGCUGGUGCCUCUUAUCCAACUAGUCAAAACUGGUUUUACAAAAGCAGCUCAACGUUUGGAUGGCAUUUAUGCAUUGCUAUUAAUGGCAAAAAUUGUUUCUCUUGAUGUUAAAGCAGAUGAGAUGGUAACCAAGGAAAAGAUUUGGUCUUUGAUAGCACAGAAUGAACCUUCUAUUGUGCCACUUUCUCUGGCAGCAAAAGUAUCACUUGAUGACUGUAUGGCUUGUCUUGACCUUUUUGAGGUGCUGCUUGUUGAUCAUCCUCAUAGAGUAUUGGAGAACUUUUCUGUCAGUGCAUUAUUGCAGUUUCUGCUGUUUUCGCUGUGUCAUCCAAAUUGGGACUUUCGGAAAGCAGCUUAUGAUUCAACGAAGAAAAUCCUUGCUGCUGCUCCACAAUUAUCUGAACCAAUUUUGCUUGAAUUUUCAAAUUAUCUCUCAGUUGUUGGAGAAAAGGUGCUUCUUCUGAAAAUGAGUGACUCUGAAAAUUUGUUGGAUCCUCAAGUGCCCUUCAUCCCGCCUGUGGAGCUUUUGGUGAAGGCUUUGCUUGUAAUUGGAUCUUCCGUUUUGGCAGCUUCCAAAUGUAUUUCUGUCGAACUACUCUGCUGCUCACAUCAUCCAUUCCUUAUUGGCACAUCGAAAAAAAAUAUAGUCUGGAAGAGGCUGCAGAAAUUUUUGCAGCUGCAUGGUUUUGAUGUCAUUGAACUUGUUGCGGCCAAUGUGGUUAAUUUGUGCAAGGGUUUGUUAGGUUCAAGGGGAUUGAUGAGUCCUUGUCAUCUUCAACAAGAUGCGGCUGUGUACUCAUUAUCAACUUUAAUGUCUAUAAUACCUGGACAUGCUUAUGCCGAGUUUGAAAAGUACUUAAAGAGUCUCCCAGAUCGUUAUGCACAUGAUACUCUUACAGAAAAAGAUAUCCAGAUCUUUCAUACUCCUGAAGGUAUGCUUUCCACAGAGCAAGGUGUUUAUGUAGCAGAAUCUGUUGCUUCCAGGAAUAUAAGACAGGCAAAAGGUCGUUUUCGAGUUUACGAGAAUGAUGAUAACUUGGGUGAGGUCAAAUCUAAUCAUUCUGCAAGAAGGGAGUCUUCUAACAAAGAUCUUGUUGGGAAAAAGGAUACUGGCAAAUCACUGAAGAAACCAGACAAGGCAAAGACUGCAAAGGAAGAGGCACGCGAUUUGCAGCUCAGGGAGGAGGCAUCUGUACGUGAAAGGGUGAUGCUUAUACAAAAGAAUCUUUCAUUGAUGUUGAGGGCUAUGGGUGAGAUGGCUGUUGCUAAUCCUAUUUUUGCGCAUAGUCAGCUCUCUUCUUUGGUCAAGUUUGUUAACCCAUUACUCCGUUCACCGGUGGUAGGUGAAGUUGCCUAUGAGACCAUGGUGCAGCUUUCUAAAUGCUCUGCUGCUCCUUUAUGUAACUGGGCACUUGAAAUUGCAACUGCAUUACGGGUAAUUGCAACUGAAGACAUUAAUGCAGUGUGGGAUUUAAUUCCCCCUGUUGGUGAAGGGGAGCCCAGUGAAAGGCCAUCCUUGAGUCUCUUUGAGCGAGUUAGAAAUGCCUUAUCACUUUCAUGCAAAUCUGGACCUCUUCCAGUGGAUUCAUUUACUUUUGUGUUCCCAAUAAUCGAAAAGAUCCUGUCAUCUCCCAAGAGGACUGGACUACAUGAUGAUGUUCUCCAGAUAUUGUUCUUACAUAUGGAUCCUAUUCUACCCUUACCUAGGGUUCAAAUGUUAUCAGUUCUUUAUCACGUUCUUGGUGUUGUUCCUGCUUAUCAAGCUUCAGUUGGGCCAGCAUUGAAUGAGUUGUGUCUGGGUCUACAUCCACAUGAAGUUGCAUCUGCCAUGGAUGGCAUUUAUGCCAAAGAAGUUCAUGUAAGAAUGGCUUGCUUAAAUGCUGUAAAAUGCAUUCCUGCUGUCUCUAAUUGUUCCAUUCCCGAAAGUGUUGAGGUUGCAACGAGCAUCUGGCUUGCUUUGCAUGAUCCAGAAAAGUCUGUUGCAGAAGCUGCUGAGGGUAUCUGGGAUAAUUAUGGAAAAGAAUUUGGGGCUGAUUAUUCUGGGAUCUUUAAAGCACUUUCCCAUGUUAACUACAAUGUUAGAGUGGCUGCUGCAGAAGCAUUGGCUGCUGCUCUGGAUGAAAAACCUGAUACCAUACAGGAAUCGCUGUCCACUUUAUUUUCAUUGUAUAUACGUGAAGUUGGCUUUGGUGAGGACAACAUAGAUGCUGGCUGGCUUGGUAGACAAGGAAUUGCAUUGGCACUGCACUCGGUGGCAGAUGUACUUAGGACCAAAGAUCUUCCUGUUGUUAUGACAUUCCUCAUAUCACGAGCACUGGCUGACAGUAAUCCAGAUGUUCGUGGAAGAAUGAUCAAUGCUGGUAUCAUGAUUAUUGACAGGCAUGGCAGGGAUAAUGUGUCCUUGCUCUUCCCCAUUUUUGAGAAUUACUUGAAUAAAAAGGCAUCAGACGAAGAAAAGUAUGACCUGGUCCGUGAAGGUGUGGUUAUAUUUACCGGAGCUUUGGCUAAGCAUUUGGAAAAGGAUGAUCCUAAGGUUCAUACUGUUGUAGAAAAGCUGUUGGAUGUGUUAAACACACCUUCUGAAGCUGUUCAGCGGGCAGUUUCAAGCUGCCUGUCUCCGCUGAUGCAAUCAAAGCAGGAAGAUGCACCAGCUCUAGUUUCUAGGAUUCUGGAUCAGCUGAUGAAGAGUGACAAAUAUGGGGAGCGCCGUGGAGCAGCAUUUGGCUUAGCUGGUGUAGUAAAGGGAUUUGGAAUAUCUAGUCUGAAGAAGUAUGGCAUUGUGACAGUCUUGCGAGAAGGUCUAGCAGACAGGAACUCUGCUAAAAGCCGUGAAGGAGCAUUACUGGCAUUUGAGUGCCUUUGUGACAAGCUUGGAAGGCUCUUUGAACCGUAUGUGAUUCAAAUGUUACCGCUACUACUAGUUUCUUUCUCUGAUCAAGUUAUGGCUGUUCGAGAAGCUGCUGAGUGUGCUGCUCGUGCAAUGAUGUCUCAACUCACUGCUUAUGGAGUGAAACUUGUUCUUCCGUCUCUGUUAAAGGGACUUGAAGAUAAAGCUUGGAGAACAAAGCAAAGUAGUGUGCAGCUACUUGGAGCUAUGGCGUACUGUGCUCCACAACAACUGUCUCAGUGUCUCCCUAAGAUUGUUCCUAAAUUAACAGAGGUUCUAACAGAUACUCAUCCAAAGGUUCAGUCUGCUGGGCAGACAGCCCUUCAGCAGGUUGGAAGUGUGAUUAAGAAUCCUGAAAUAUCAGCGCUUGUUCCAACUCUGCUGAUGGGUCUCACAGAUCCAAAUGAAUAUACAAAAUACUCCCUUGAUAUUCUCCUGCAAACAACGUUUGUUAAUUCUAUUGAUGCUCCUUCACUUGCUUUGCUGGUACCAAUUGUACAUAGAGGGCUAAGAGAAAGGAGUGCUGAAACUAAGAAAAAGGCUGCACAAAUAGUUGGUAAUAUGUGUUCACUAGUGACAGAACCAAAGGACAUGAUUCCUUAUAUAGGAUUGCUUCUUCCUGAAGUGAAAAAGGUUCUUGUGGAUCCAAUUCCGGAGGUUCGUACCGUAGCUGCCAGAGCCCUUGGUUCUCUAAUAAAGGGGAUGGGAGAAGAGAACUUUCCUGACCUGGUUUCUUGGUUGUUGGAUACCCUGAAAUCUGAUGGCAGUAACGUUGAGCGGUCUGGAGCUGCUCAAGGACUGAGCGAGAACUUUCUUCCUAAUACUUUAUUUAGUAAGAUAACAUUUCUUGCUGUCAAGAAGGAAGGGAACCGAAAAUCAGCAGUUAGGAGGCUGAUUUUAGGAAAUGCAUACUUGAGCAGUCACGAUGAUAAUUUGUCAUACGUUUUGAGAAAAUAUGUGCAUGACUUUGUGCAUGUUGAUAGUUGGCGAAUUAGGCAAAGUUCUGUUGAAUUAUUGGGUGAUCUCUUGUUUAAGGUUGCUGGAACAUCUGGAAAAGCACUUCUUGAGGGUGGUAGUGAUGAUGAAGGUGCUAGCACUGAAGCACAUGGACGAGCCAUCAUCGAGGUACUCGGUAGGGAUAAGCGUAACGAAGUUCUUGCUGCUCUAUAUAUGGUUCGAACCGAUGUCAGCAUUACAGUCCGUCAGGCUGCAUUGCAUGUUUGGAAGACUAUAGUUGCAAAUACUCCAAAAACCCUGAAGGAAAUAAUGCCAGUUCUGAUGAAUACUUUAAUUUGUUCUCUUGCUUCAUCAUCCUCUGAAAGAAGACAGGUUGCCGGACGAUCGUUGGGUGAGCUUGUUAGGAAGCUUGGGGAAAGAGUGCUUCCUUUAAUCAUCCCUAUUCUAUCUCAGGGGCUAAAUGACCCUGAUCCUAGUAGGAGACAGGGUGUCUGCAUUGGUCUGAGUGAGGUCAUGGCCAGUGCCGGCAAGAGCCAGCUACUUAGUUUCAUGGAUGAACUUAUCCCUACUAUCCGGACGGCCCUUUGUGACAGUAUGCCUGAGGUUCGUGAGUCCGCUGGUUUAGCUUUUAGCACGCUCUAUAAGAGCGCUGGAAUGCAAGCAAUUGAUGAGAUCGUCCCUACUCUACUUCGUGCUCUUGAGGACGAUCAAACCUCUGAUACUGCACUUGAUGGACUGAAACAAAUUUUGAGUGUUAGAACCACGGCUGUGCUUCCUCAUAUCCUUCCUAAGCUUGUCCAUCCUCCACUUACUGCCUUCAAUGCACAUGCUUUGGGAGCUUUAGCAGAUGUUGCCGGUCCUGGUCUUGACUUUCACCUAAGUACAAUUCUUCCUCCUUUACUUGCUGCAAUGGCUGAUACCAACGAGGAUGUUCGCAAUUUGGCUAAGCAGGCUGCUGAAACUGUUGUAUUGGUUAUUGAUGAGGAAGGCAUAGAAUCUCUGAUAUCUGAGCUUGUAAAAGGAGUUGGGGACAGCCAGGCUUCAAUUAGACGAUGUUCAUCAUAUCUAAUAGGCUACAUGUUCAAAAAUAGCAAAUUAUACUUGGUUGAUGAAGCUCCAAAUAUGAUAUCCACCCUCAUUAUUUUGCUAAGUGACACAGAUUCCCAGACUGUUAUGGUUGCUUGGGAAGCUUUGUCAAAAGUAGUAAGUUCCAUACCUAAAGAGGUUCUUCCUUCAUACAUAAAGUUAGUCCGUGAUGCUGUAUCUACCUCUAGGGAUAAAGAACGUAGAAAGAAGAAGGGAGGUACUGUUGUUAUACCUGGACUUUGUCUCCCAAAAGCUCUUCAGCCAUUGCUACCAGUCUUUCUUCAGGGUCUUAUAAGUGGAUCAGCUGAACUAAGAGAACAAGCUGCUUUGGGUCUCGGGGAAUUAAUCGAAGUUACAAGCGAACAAACUCUGAAGGAGUUUGUAAUCCCAAUCACUGGGCCUCUGAUUCGUAUAAUAGGUGAUCGAUUCCCUUGGCAAGUAAAGAGUGCUAUUCUUUCGACUCUUAGCAUCAUAAUACGGAAAGGUGGGAUGGCAUUAAAACCUUUCCUACCUCAGCUUCAAACGACUUUUAUCAAGUGUCUGCAGGACAAUACAAGGACUGUCCGUUCAGGUGCUGCCCUUGCUCUUGGGAAGCUCAGUGCACUUAGCCCUCGAGUUGACCCCUUAGUGGGUGAUCUCUUAUCUGGUUUGCAGACAUCAGAUGUUGGAGUUCGCGAGGCAAUUUUGACAGCUCUGAAAGGUGUGGUCAAACAUGCUGGUCAAAGCGUGGGAAUUGCUGCUAGAACACGCAUCUAUACGAUUUUGAAGGAUUUAAUUUACAAUGAUGAUGAUCAGAUACGAAGCUCUUCUGCUAGCAUAUUUGGCAUUAUUUCUCAGUACUUGGAAGAUGAUCAAAUUUCUGAAGUGCUGAAGGAACUCCCAACUUCAGCAUCAUCUCCAAGCUGGUUUACAAGGCACGGAUCGGUUCUUACCUUGUCUGCCUUGUUAAGGCAUAACCCCACCAUUGUUUGUGCCUCUCCAUCAUUCCCAAUGGUUGUGAAUUCUCUGAUGAGUAACUUGAAAGAUGAAAAGUUUCCUGUUCGUGAAACAUCAACAAGAGCACUGGGAAAGCUUUUGCUUCAUCAAAUCCGGAGCGAUCCUUCUAAUAGCUCUGCUCAUUUGGAAACUCUAUCCUCUAUCAUAUUGGCAAUGCAAGAUGACUCGAGUGAAGUUAGAAGACGCUCCUUAUGUUCGUUGAAAGCCGUUGCCAAAGCUAAUCCAGCUGCACUUAUGAUUCAUGCUGCAACAUAUGGCCCGGUGCUUGCUGAGUGUUUGAGGGAUGGCAAUACUCCAGUGAGACUGGCUGCAGAGAGAUGUGCACUGCACGCUUUCCAGUUGGCAAGGGGUGCAGAAAAUAUUCAAGCUGCACAGAAGUUUAUCACUGGCUUGGAUGCUAGACGGAUAUCAAAGCUUUCUGAAAACAGCGACGAAAGUGACAACAGUGAAGAUGAAAUGGGAAGCGGAUCAUAAUUGAUGCUCUGCUGAGUUGCUGUUUCAAGAGAACAAAACCCUUCAUUUUGGAGCCUGGGACUUUCAUGGCAGUUUUUUGUAGCUAGAGGAACGUAUGCACAUAGACAUGCCACAAAAGAGGUUCUUAUAUAUGAAGAAUUUUCAUUGCUAGGUCAUCCAUCCAUCUUGUAAUUGUUUAUAUGAUGAGAUUUUUUUUUUUUAUUUUAAACUCUCGAGACCUCAAAAUUUUGUAGAACAUGGUAAAAUAGUGAAUGGCUCAAGAUGACUGUCAUUUUUAAAUUGGUUAGUAGUAAGUGUUGGAUGUAUGUGGUGGUGUAAUACCCGAGUGGAAUUGAAGAGCCAGACUAGCCUGAAUGUGUAAGAUUAGGAGGUAUUUUGUAUUUUAUAUGUGAAUGUACAGAGGAGCAAUACCAACUGGAUACAUGGUGUCAUUUAUUCUGAAAGAAUUCGGGACUGAAGGUAUCAGAGCAAUGGUUCACCGCAUCUGACAUUAUAUCUGACUGAUUCAUAAGAAAAAUUUUGUUAUGCUUGCUUUGUUCAGUAU